UAUCAUGUCGUGGAAUCGGUAGCGAAACGGUCGCGGAAAAUCUCUGAAGCCGGUUUUGUACAGAAGUAUCGUUUCGAACAGAAGGACAAACUUGCUACAAGUGUAACAAAGAUAGAUAAAGCAUAUCGGAGGGAAAAUAGGUGGCAACCUAUGUAUAGCCUGUGGCCCGUUCUCGCGAAGGGUAGCUUAACUUGGAGUGUUACAAUAAAUCAAAGACGCACUUUUGCGCAGCUCCACCCUCGUAACUUUUGCAGAAUACCAUCCCAUAGAGAACACGACUAUCCCAUAGCAGAGCCGACUGUCCUGUUUCAUUGUGUCUAAAGUACCUUCUCGCCGGUUCCAUUUCACCGGACGUAUAAACAAUUUAUCGUUGCUUCCAGUCACGCGUCCACGGUACUCGGAUUCGAUAUCGAACGUUGACAGAAACAAUUCGAAGAGAAUUAUUAUACGAGAUAUUAUAAUAAGCCUUUUGACGUUUCUAGAUUUUCUAAUCGCGGUGUUUAAGGCGAGGUAUCGCAGAUUCCAUGUCUCUGAAUCUCCGAUUUUUUAAAGUUUAAUUGUUUCAAAGUUCCACCUUUUAACGUUUCAAAUUUUUUUCAGAGUUUACUACUAUGUUUACUUCUACGUUUUAGACUUUCCGAAAAAUCGGAAUUUCAAAGCUUCGAAGUCUCGCGAUCUUUCGUCGUUUCGAAUAUACGAAAUUUGUUUGCAAUGAUCUUGAUCCAGUCUUUUCAUCGGUCUACCUUUGCUUAUGGAUAUUAGAGUUUAUGAUUUUGGACGUAAUUUGGAGAGACAAUUUUGUAUGAAAGUAUCUUUCGCGGAUUUUCUAUUUGAACGUUUUACUAGCGUGCCUCUGGUCUUGGGUAUUGCAGUUUAAAUGCAAAUAAUAAUCUUAUUACUUUUAGCUAUGCUCCUUUAUUAUGGGAUGUAUAUGUAUGUGUUGGCAAUAGUAUAUGCUUAUUUUGUUUUUAUUCGUUAGAUGCCGUAUUUUUAUGAAGCAGUGGUGAAGGAUUAGACAAUGAUAUUUUGUUAAACUUAUUUUAACUAUGUCUAAUUUAUUUUAUAAUUUACUUUAGUAUAUAUUGUACCAUUUAAACAAAAAUUUGUCUAGAUUACAAUUUCGUUCAGUACAUAUGUUUUUAUUAUACAUAAGAACAACAACAAUUUCGAUCGUUAUUCAAUUUAACGUUUUAAUACAUUUUACAUAUGCUUUCUAUUUUGCUUUCUCAAUGGUCUGAUUUGCGCGCGUGCUUCCUCGGUGUUAAAACUGCGUCCUUCUUAUCAGUUUUUGGACUGUCAUUUGAUUUGACACAAAGUUGACUCAUUUUUAGAGUUAACAUGGUCUCUUGAUCCUCCGUGAAAUUCAUUAAACACUUUUUUAAUUGUUCCAAUUUUAGUUUGCACUGAUAGAGCUUGUCUCUGUUGAUACAGCACGCGUUUCGCAGGAAUGCCAAGUUCUGUUCGGCCAACUCGAUCGCGCAGCUUUUCACCUUAAUCUCUGCUUCUACCUUGGGUCUCCUAAGAAGGUGUCUUUUCUGAGCGAUUUUUUGAAUAUUUUACAUAUGUUCUUCUCAUGUAUCUUAUUCAUAAAAAUGAUUAAUCAUUCCGGUUCGAUUUUCUCUGAAAUCACAGACAAAUAUUAAAAAAGUAAAGCGAUCUUUCUUUUACAUCAUAUUAUCACGAAAGGAUUCUCACGUUUCUUGUACUUUACAAUUAUUAUUUAUCGAUAGGUGAUAGGUAUCGUCAAAAGAAAUUUGAUGAAAUUUCUUUUGCAUUCGAUAACUCUCAUAAAAUUUUGCUUUUGAAAUUUCGACAAUGAUACAAUUUUAAUAUAAUCCGAUCGAUCGAGUAAUGUAAAGUUACAUACGUUAAUUUAAGUCAACAAUCAUGAUCGAUGAAAAACAAAGCAAUAGACGAAAUAAAUGAUACAUCUAACGAAUAAAACUAAAGGUAUAGAUAGGCGUCGAGCAUGCAGAGCUGCCGAUUCGUCGAACUUGACUUCUCUUUCUUUCUUUAUCUCCUCGUCCUUUCGAUCGGUUGAUUUUGUCAAAAGGGCAAGAGUCCGUGGCCGUGGCGACCGAUUAAUUUCCGACAAAAGGGGCUGCGUAUCUCAUAGCCCUCGAUCGGCCCCUCUAAAGCCUACCUUCGCCCUUAGUGGAGAAGCGUGUGUCCUUUUCUCCCUCACCCUUGUGAGUGGGGCAAGUUACCUUUUAUAAUGAAACCAUCCAAUCCGGAGUGGAGGGUGGGCACACGACGUUGCUAUAUUACCGUGGGGUGAAUGCUGUCAGAUCUAACAGUCGUCCUUGGGAUACCGUGCUUCGAAAGUGCAAGUUGUAAGAAGUUGUUGGAUAAAUAUUGACAACUUCUCCAGUGAUGAAACUUGAGCAUCGUCCAGACGUUACGUAAAAUCACAUACCAUAGAGGAAGCAUUGUUACUGCGGAAAUCGAAGAACUUUUCUUCGAAGGCCACUUUCAAAUUCAUUAAUAUGUGCGACGAACUCAGCGCAAGAUUGUUUCGGCCCUGGAGCAAUUUAGAUACACGGGAACACUCGAAACAGAUCGAGGUACCAGUCGGUCGUGGCGAAGGCCGUGACAUCGUCGUUGCUUGCGAUAGAAAGGAAGAAAAAGGCUGUUACAACAUCCUUAUGAUCCGUGGUAAAGCGAUCGAAGCCAGUUCUUCGGAAGUUGGAGUUUCUUCUUCUCUUAACUUGCUUGAGAACACUGGUGAGUCGGGACCCAGUACAGAAAGACCAACAUCGAAGGUUGUUCGUCCGCUAAACGAUAAUUCGUUGCGCACAGCGGAUCGUAUAAGAAUGCCGUUGGUCCAAGACAUAGUAGAUCCUGUUUUCCAUCCGAUGUACAGCUGGAAUUCGUUCCGUAAAUUUAAUUUACCGCACUCCACUUCGUUCGAUGCUGUGAUGAUGGGUGCCUGUUUGCCGACUCAGGUGGGAAUAGCCUAUCCACCUUGGAUAGACAUUAGAAAAACGCAGUUUCUCAGCGCGUUUCAACCUUCGUACGAUGUUCGAGGGAAUCUCCACGCAGAGACAAUGGACCGUGCCGUUCAGAUCUUGCAGCGUCAAGCGAAAGAACCGAAAAAAUUGCGUUCCAAAAGGUUUAGAUGUGAACACUGUAACGUUGCGUUUAGCAAUAACGGACAGCUCAAGGGACACAUCAGAAUACAUACCGGAGAAAGGCCAUUUAAGUGUGACGUUGAAAAUUGUGGCAAAGCAUUUACGAGAAACGAGGAGCUAACAAGACACAAGAGGAUUCAUACUGGACUUCGACCACACGCCUGUCUCGUUUGCGGAAAAAGUUUCGGAAGAAAGGAUCAUCUGAAGAAACACAUGAGGACACAUGAAAAUCGAGAUUACAGAUUGUCGGCGGCUACAUUGGGAAUGUUUACACCGGGCCACAUACUAUCGUCUGAAGGACUUUUAUUUCCACAUUACAAUUUUCCAACAUGACAUAUUUAUUCCUAACGAUUACUUUAAUUAUUAUAAAACAUAAAUAUAAUGUAUAUAAUGUAUAGAUGUUAUAUGGAUAUUGAAUAAUGGUUGUUAUCUUGAUAGAAUGAUUCUUGGUCUUUUUCAAGAAUCAUUUAUCGAGAUUGUUUUAUAAAUCGUACUAUAUUUUUGAUACAAUAUCCUUUAUAACACUUUAGCGAAUAAGGAUCGAAUCUGUGUUGCUAGUCGAAUGUACAUACAUUAUGAAUUUCUAAAAGAGUUUAUAAAAGAGCUUAUAAUUAUUUAUACAUAUAUUUAUGACGAAUAAAUUGUUAUUUGUUUCUUUAA